ACUUUGAACGUCCAACACUGCUACACAGUUCGAAUCCAACUUCUGUUGAGUGGUUUUGUGUGCAUUUUAAGCAGUGUUUUACUCGAACCAAGAUGGAAAUACAUAAAUUACUGUUGGUUUCCGUAUUUUUGGUUUCAGUAGUAGUUCAAUGUCAGUGGGCUAACGAUGUAUCGCGCAUGGAAGCUGAAACGAUAAGUGCAAAUCUCACCAAGAAGCCUUUCACGGAUGAGUGUUUGAACUGCAUUUGUGAGACCAUCAAUUGUACGGCAGCUAACAGCAAAUGCAAGGGAGACAUUUGUGGACGAUUCUCCAUUGAUCGCGCCAAUUGGAAGGAUGCCGGACACCCGACUGUACUGUUCGAUGAUGUAGAGUCAGACGGAGCUUUUGAGAGAUGUGCCAACGACUUCGAAUGUGCUCGACUAACUAUAAAAAAGUACAUGGACACUCAUCCUCACGAUUGCAACAAUGACUCGAUCAUUGAUUGCUAUGACUAUGGAGCGAUUCAUUUCAGUGGCACCUUCAAGUGCAAAAGUCCCAUGUCACAGGCUAUUGGUGCAACAUUUUCUACCUGCCUCAGCAAAAUGAAGAACUGAAUGAAUAACGAAGAAUAUUAUAUUGGGUCUAUCAUAGAAAAAAACAUAGAUCAUCAGCUGUUCUUAGUGAGAAUUUGUGUGUAUUU